AUGGAGAGAUUGUUGAGUGAUAAAUGGGAGGUGAAAUCGAAACAUUCGUCCAAGGAGGCCCUUCAACGGUGGAGGGAUCUUUGUGGAUUUGUCAAGAAUUCAAAUCGACGCUUCAGAUUUACUGCCAAUUUGUCCAAGCGCUAUGAGGCUGAUGCCAUGCGCAAAACCAAUCAGGAGAAAUUACGCAUUGCAGUCCUGGUCUCCAAAGCUGCCUUCCAUUUCAUAGAAGGCGCCCAACUGAGUGACUAUGCCGUCCCCAAAGAAGUGGAGGCCGCUGGCUUCCAAAUCUGCCCCGAUGAGCUCAGCUCCAUUGUAGAAGGCCACGACCUUAAGAAACUCGUUGCCCACGGCGGGCCUGCCGGUGUGACCCGCAAGCUCCACACGAGCUCCUCCUCUGGCCUCCCGUCCGACUCUGAAUCUCUUAACCGCCGCCAGGCCAUCUAUGGGCCCAACCGGUUUCAAGAGCCCGAGGCCCGCAGCUUCUGGUUCUUCUUCUACGAGGCCCUCCAGGACACGACCCUGAUGAUCCUGGCAGUGUGCGCCCUCGUGUCCCUCGUGGUCGGCCUGGCCACUGAAGGCUGGCCCAGCGGGGCCCACGACGGCCUCGGGAUAGCCGCCAGCAUCCUCCUCGUGGUGUUUGUGACGGCCACUAGCGACUACCGGCAGUCGCUGCAGUUCAGGGACCUCGACCGGGAGAAGAAGAAGGUCUCCGUCCAGGUGACGAGGGAUGGGUACCGCCAGAAGCUUUCCAUCUACGACCUCUUCCCGGGGGACAUUGUCCACCUCAGCAUCGGGGACCAGGUGCCUGCAGACGGGCUUUUCCUAUCGGGCUUCUCGGUGCUGAUUGACGAGUCGAGCCUCACGGGGGAGAGCGAGCCCGUGGUUGUGAACGAUGAGAGCCCAUUUCUGCUGUCGGGCACAAAGGUCCAGAAUGGGGCAUGCAAGAUGGUGGUAACGACUGUGGGGAUGCGCACACAGUGGGGGAAGCUGAUGGCAACGCUGAGCGAGGGAGGGGAUGACGAGACCCCGCUGCAGGUCAAGCUCAACGGGGUGGCCACUGUUAUUGGAAAAAUCGGGCUUUUUUUUGCUGUCGUGACAUUUUCUGUCCUGGUCCGCAAGAUAGUAGGGCGCAAGUGGGAGGAUGGGACCGGUCUCAUAUGGUCCGGGGAUGACUGCUUAGAGCUGUUGGAGUAUUUUGCCAUAGCAGUCACGAUUGUUGUGGUGGCCGUUCCAGAAGGACUCCCGCUUGCCGUGACUCUGAGCUUGGCCUUUGCGAUGAAGAAGAUGAUGAACGACCGCGCGCUCGUGCGCCACCUGGCGGCGUGCGAGACCAUGGGCUCAGCCACCAGUAUCUGCAGCGAUAAGACGGGAACUUUGACCACCAACCACAUGACCGUCGUGAAGUCAUGCGUCUGCAUGGACGUGAGUGGGCCUGGAGAGACUCGUGAGAUUCCGGAGCCGGUGGUGAAGAUUCUGCUGCAGUCCAUUUUUAAUAAUACGGGCGGGGAGGUUGUGGUGGGUAAGGAUGGUAAGGUCGAGAUUUUGGGGACACCAACCGAGAUGGCCAUAUUGGAGUUCGGUUUGUCGCUCGGGGGAGAAUUCAACGCUGAGAGAGAAAAGUGUGAGCUCGUGAAGGUCGAGCCCUUUAAUUCAACAAAAAAGCGGAUGGGGGUUCUGUUGGGGCUUCCGGGAGGGGGUUUCAGAGCCCACACAAAGGGCGCGUCCGAGAUUAUUCUGGCCGCGUGCAACAAAAUGAUGGGGCCAGACGGCGAGGCCGUGCUCCUCGACGAGAGUUCUUUUGCUCGUCUGACAGCUGUUAUCGAGGAGUUUGCGAACGAGGCUUUGAGGACUCUUUGCCUUGCGUAUAUGGAUCUCGAGAGUUGUGAGCAAGGAGAUAGUAUUCCCGAGACAGGAUAUACUUUGAUAGGGAUCGUGGGGAUUAAGGAUCCUGUGAGGCCAGGGGUUAGAGAGUCGGUCGCGCUUUGCCGGUCGGCCGGCGUGAACGUGCGUAUGGUGACAGGGGAUAAUAUUAACACUGCGAAAGCCAUCGCGAGGGAGUGCGGGAUACUUACUGAUGACGGUGUGGCUAUUGAGGGUCCUGUCUUCCGGGAGAAGAGCUUGGAGGAGUUGCAUGAGUUGAUUCCCAAGAUCCAGGUGAUGGCUCGUUCGUCGCCAUUGGACAAGCAUACAUUGGUGAAACAUUUGAGAACCACAUUUAGUGAGGUUGUUGCUGUAACUGGAGAUGGAACAAAUGAUGCCCCUGCGCUUCACGAAGCGGAUAUCGGACUUGCUAUGGGCAUCGCUGGGACUGAGGUGGCUAAGGAGAGUGCUGAUGUUAUAAUUCUCGACGACAAUUUCUCGACUAUUGUGACUGUAGCCAAGUGGGGACGUUCGGUGUAUGUAAACAUCCAAAAAUUUGUCCAGUUCCAACUAACGGUUAACAUUGUUGCCCUGGUCGUGAACUUCACUUCGGCUUGUUUGACCGGAAGUGCACCUCUGACUGCUGUUCAGCUCCUUUGGGUGAACAUGAUUAUGGACACACUUGGCGCACUUGCACUUGCCACUGAGCCUCCAAACGACGAAUUAAUGAAGAAAUCGCCUGUGGGGAGAAAGGGAAACUUUAUAACUGCGGUCAUGUGGAGGAACAUCUUGGGACAGUCUUUGUAUCAGUUUCUCGUCAUAUGGCUCCUUCAGGCUUACGGGAAUACAUUUUUUGGGCUACAUGGCAGCUCAGACUCUGAUUUGGUCCUAAACACCAUUAUCUUCAAUACGUUCGUCUUUUGCCAGCUCUUUAAUGAGGUGAACUCGCGGGAAAUGGAGAAAGUAAACGUGCUCACCGGCAUGCUGGACAACUAUGUGUUUGUCUCGGUUCUUGGUUCGACUGUAUUUUUCCAGAUAAUAAUCGUCGAGUACCUUGGGACAUUUGCCAACACGACUCCUUUGACCUUGAUCCAAUGGUUUAUCUGCACUUUCAUCGGGUUCUUAGGCAUGCCGAUUGCUGUGGGAUUGAAGAAGUUUUUCCCUCUGGCAAGUUAG